GCACUGGCUGAGAAAGAGAGAGACGUAUCCCUGAAACAAAUCACCAGCAGCUCAGAAUCUCAGGAGUUUUCUGUGUCCAUCCGUUGAAGGUUUUUUCCCUUUUGCUUAUUUUUUUAUUCAGCAUGGAGUCCCCACCGCUAGCUUCUCGUAGAGGCUACGGAACAAACGUUUCACAAGUGGAAAAUGAACUCGAACGUAAAGGACCUCGUCGCAAAAGGGAGUUCAUGCCCGAGGAGAGAAAGGAUGCUCUCUAUUGGGAGAAACGGCGCAAGAACAACGAGGCAGCCAAAAGGUCACGGGAGAAGAGGAGGAUGAGUGACUUUGUGCUGGAGUCUCAUCUCACAGCUCUGAAAGAAGAAAACACAAGGCUUAGUGCUGAAUUAAUGGCCAUCAAACUCCAUUUUGGCCUGGCCCAACCUGCGUCCCAUACAGGUCUCCAAAGUAACCAAGUGCAGCACCAUUCCCACAACAGCACCCACCUCCAAUAUCUGCAGAGGAACUACUACUUGGGGGGCAGAGACCCUUCUAUCAUGCCUACCCACCAGUCUUCCAACCCAUUUGUAAUUCCUGCAUAUGCCCUCCAUAAAAUGAGAGGCUAUUCAUACUUAAAUACAGCUGAUACAAGUGGAUAUGGCGUCUUCACUCCGCUUAUCCUUCCUGGGAAUCUCUUGCCGGUCUAUUCAGCUUGUCCUGAAGCUCUACCCCUGAAGCCCAUUCCUACCAGAGCGGCUUCAGACGGGGAAGAGGAGCAGCAGGUACCAGGGCUGCUGUCCUGCUCUGCUCCGCCUCAUAAAAUCACCUACAGGGGAGAAAGAGACCUCUCUCCACAGAGGAAAUAUGUGUCUGACUGACAUGUAUAAAGACAUGCAUACAGUACAACUUCUAGACUUCUAGGCAACUUAUAGACUGACGGACUCUUUGUUUUUGCUUCUGUGAUGUCAAAUAUUCAUGCAUAUAAUCAGAGUUUUAUUUCUGUGACAUUAUGGCAUAAUGUGCAUUCUAUUUUCAAAGAAACACAGUUUUGAGACAUUGUAUCCUCAUUUCAAAGGUUGACACAAUUCCUUGAUUUUAGUUGUGCUGAGUCUCUGAUAUUUUGACCAAAGCACAUGCUUUCGUGAGAUGUAAAGGGAGAGAGGUUAUAAUCAGCUCAAAGUUACAGAAACAGGCUGCCCAAAACUGGGUUUGACUAGGUUAUGUUAUGUCAGAGUUCUUGACUCUGGACUCAUUUCAGAGAACCACAUUCAUGCUCUUAAGCCCAGAAAAAAGUGCUGUUUUUUCCCUCAAUGUGUUCUCUAUGAAUUCAAUUCAAUGCAAUUCAAUUUUAUUUAUAUAGCGUCUAAUACAACAGAGUUGUCUCUAGACGCUUUCCAGAGACCCAUACCCAGAACAUGACC